AGCUUUGGUUCAGUUUCCACGGUGAAACCGCGGCUUCUUCGGGAUUGAUCCUUGACGAAGUCAAGCAGUCGUCGAUCCGAAGGACCAUGGGAGACCCCAACCCCGAGCUGCCCCAUGUACCCAGCAAGGUCGAAGAAUCUGAUGAGAUCUUGCCUGUCGUCGAUGCUCCGCAGGAGGGCAAGGAGGUGGUCGUCAAAGAGAAAAGGAAGAUGGCUUCGCUCUGCAAGCUCUUCUCCAUGAUGGACGGCCUGGACGGCUUCGUGUUGACGCUGGGCAUGAUCGGUGCCAUUGGCAACGGCGUGUCGCAGCCUUUAAUGUGCAUCGUUUUUGGCGAUCUCAUCGAUGGCAUGGGCAUGUCGGGCGCCACUCCGGAGGACUAUGCGGCGCUGACGCCAGCGCAGCAGGCGGCCAUCAUGGAGGGCGCCAUGAAUGGAAUGAUGGAUGAGAUGAAUCGGCUUUGCCUCAUCAUGUGCCUGGUGGGUGUUGCAAACAUCGUGGCCGCCACCCUGCAGGGUGCCUGCUUCAAGAUCUUCGCUGAAAACCAGGCCCGCAAGUUCCGCAUCGAGUACUUCGACAUUGUGCUCCACCAGGACGUGAGCUGGUUCGACCUCAAGGAGAUCGCCGCAUUGCCCUCGGAGAUCAACGACGACUUGGAGAAGAUCCAGGACGCAUUUGGCGACAAAUUUGGGAACGGCAUCAUGUCAGGCUCUGCCUUCAUCGGUGGCUUUGCUUGCGCCUUUGGCCUGGGUUGGCUCGUGGCGCUGGUGAUGUGUGCCAUGCUGCCCUUCAUGGGAGUUGGAGCUGCCGUCAUGGGAAAGGCGGUUCAGGAAAUUCAGAUGGAAUCUCAGAGUUGGUACGCCAAGGCUGCUACAGUCGUCGAGGAGUGUCUCUACUCCAUGCGCACGGUGGUCGCCUUUGGCGGCGAGUUUAAGGAGCUCAGCAAAUUCCAGGCCGCUGUGGUGCAAGCCCGGCGAGGCGGUGUCCGCAAUGGCUUCAAGAUCGGCUUGGGAAUGGGCUACACCAUGAUGAUCGUUUUCUUCGGCUAUGCCCUGGCCUUUUGGUUCGGCAUGACUCUUCGCUACAACGGCUCGAUCAACCCCUCCACCGGAAAGGAAUGGCAGCCAGGAAACAUCAUGGCCAUCUUCUUCUGCGUCUUUAUUGGCAGCUUCAUGGUUGGCAACCUGGACCCCAGCAUCAAGGCCAUGCAGGCGGCGCGCAUGGCCGCCGGACGCUUCUUCCAGGCCAAGGAGAACAAGCCCACGAUCCAAUGCCGUGGAACGGACAGUCGGCAGGAGUUGACCAGCAUCGAGAAAUUCGAAUUCCAAUCUGUGUCUUUCUUCUACCCGGCGCGUCCCGAAGUGAAGAUCCUCAACGGCCUCUCGCUGACCUUGCAGCGCGGCCAGAAGGCCGCCGUGGUCGGCGAGUCCGGCUCCGGCAAGUCCACGGUCAUGGCGCUGUUGGAACGCUUCUAUGACCCCAGCUCUGGUGUGGUGCAGGUGAACGGCCAUGACAUGAAGAACUUCAAGACGAGUUCCCUGCGCAGGUGCAUUGGAUACGUGGGGCAGGAGCCUGUGCUCUUCGCCAGCUCGAUCAAACACAACAUCAUGCAGGGCUUCCCCAACGCCUCCAAGGAAGACUUUCAGCAGGCCUGCGAUGAUGCCCAGCUGGGUUUUGUGGAUAGCCUGCCGGAAAAAUACAACACCUUCGUGGGAGCUGGUGGCGGUCAGUUGUCAGGCGGCCAGAAGCAACGUAUCGCCAUCGCUCGGGCCUUGCUGAAGAAGGCCUCCUUCCUCUUCCUGGAUGAGGCCACCAGUGCCUUGGACAACAACUCGGAGAAGAUGAUCCAGCAGACCAUCGACAGCAUCAGUUCCAAAGCAGAGAAUGGCUUGGGCAUCGUCAGCAUCGCUCACCGCUUGAGCACCGUACGUAAUUCGGACCUGAUCUACGUGCUCAGUCGGGGCAGUCUUGUGGAGAAGGGUAACCACAGUCAGUUGAUGGAGAAGAAAGGAACUUACUACGCCCUGGUGGCAGCCCAGGAGUCGUCCCAGAAGCACGACGAAGAGGAGGACGAGGCAGUGAUCAACGCUGCGACCCUUCCCCACGACCACACCGCUGCGGUGCUCACCCGUCGACAGUCCACUGAGAGUGCCGAGUCCGAGACGCAACGUGUGACAAGGGAGAAGAAGGAGCAGGAGGAACGCGAGAAAAAGAUCGACAAGGAGUACAAGGUUCCCAUGGGUCGGCUGUUGAGCUUCAACAAGCCCGAGUGGCCCUUCUUCAUCCCCGCCAUUCUGGGUGCGCUGAUCGACGGCUCGGCGAUGCCGGUCUGCACCGUGGCAUUGGUGGGGUCAAUGGAUGCCUUUUUCCUUCCCAACAAGGAAGAUAUGAAGAGCGAAUUGGAAUUGAUGGCUAUCAUUUUCGUGAUCAUUGGCGUCAGCGUGCUGAUCGGAAGCACCAUCUCGCACGGCUGCUUCAGCAUCCUGGGCGAAGCCAUGACGCAGCGCUUGCGCGUGACCAUUCUGACCUCCAUGUUCCGCCAGGAAGUCGGCUUCCACGACAACCCCGAAAACACACCAGGCAUGCUGUCGAAAGCCUUGGAGCUCUGGGCCUUCAGAGUGGCCACAUUGUGCAAGUCGAUCCAAGCCAAGGCGGCCGCUAUGAGCUCCUUGGUGGUGGGCAUCGCUCUGGCCUUCGCCUACAGCUGGCAAAUGUCUCUGGUGAUGUUGGGCUCUAUUCCCAUCAUGGUGGCAGCCAAUGCCAUCCAGAUGUUGGUGCUGCUGGGUGCCUCCAAGAACGAGAAUGAGAAUCUCACAAAUGCCCAGCAGGUGGUCACCGACUCUGUCAUGAACGCCCGCACCGUGCAAGCCUUGGGAGUGGAGAAGUCCCUGGUGGCAAUGUACGUAGGCUGGGUGGAUAAGUCCGUGCAUGGCAUGUGCCGGCGCAACUGGCUGGCGGGUCUGGGCUUCGGCGUGUCAUCAGGCAUCAUGUUCUUCAUCAUGGCGGGUGGCUUCUACAUCGCUUCGCUGCUGAUCAAAGACGGCACCUCCGACUUCAAGAGUGUCAUGAUGGCUUUCAUGGGCAUUUUCUAUGCUGGCAUGGGCGCAGGACAGGCGGCUGUGAUGAUGGGAGAUGCCACCAAGGCAAAAGUUGCCUGCCACGACAUGUUCAAACUGAUUGAUCGGGAGUCGCUGAUCGAAGGCUUGGCGCCCAAGGGCUCAGCCCCCGAGAAGUUGGACGCGGGGACCAUCGAGUUCGUGGACGUGAAGUUCUUCUAUCCCUUCCGUCCUGAGAUUCAAGUCUUGAAAGGAAUCACCUUCAAGAUCUCCGCAGGACAAUCUGUGGGCUUGGUGGGUCCAUCAGGUGGAGGCAAGAGCACCGUGAUGUGCCUUCUGCAACGCUUCUACGACCCACAAGAGGGCUCAGUGCUCAUCGGACAGGACAAGGCGACGUUGAGUUCGUUGAACAUCCGCUGGUGGCGCAAACAGAUCGGCUUCGUUGGACAGGAGCCAGUGCUGUUCAACACCACCGUGAGGAACAACAUCUUGUACGGCUUGGAAGACGGAGAGACUGUGACACCCGAAUACAUCGCGGAGUGCGAAAAGAUGUGCAAUUUGGGCUUCUUGUACAAGAACGGCAACCAGGGCUUGACCACUGAGGUGGGUCCCCGCGGAAGCCGCCUCUCUGGCGGCCAGAAGCAGCGGGUGGCCAUCUGCCGUGCGCUGAUGCGAGAUCCUCGGGUGAUGUUGUUGGACGAAGCCACCAGCGCAUUGGACACACAGAGUGAAGCCAUCGUGCAGAAGGCCCUGGAGGCAGCCUUGCAGGGCCGCACCUCCUUCGCCAUUGCGCACCGCUUGUCCACCAUCCAAGGCUGUGACGUGAUUUUGGUGAAUGCAGAUGGCCGUGUAGUGGAGCAGGGCAAUCACAAUGAACUCAUGGCUUUGAAGGGAGUCUACUACAAGCUGCAGAUGCAAUCCCAGAAGUGAGCGCUGAACCCAACUGCUUUGAUGUGGCAAAACAUCGCGCACCCUAAUUUUCUCAUGGAUUUUGA